AUGUUUGGCUCAAGCGAUAGUCGAUAUAUCAAACCGACACUUUCGCUCAAGUCGGCAACAUCCGAGCUGCCGCAGUUCAUGGCGAGCCGGCUGACUAAUGUGUCAUCAGCUUCGGCGAACGGGCACUCUAAGAGUCUCGCGAUGUCGCUGAACCCCAGUCAUCCUACGCCCAGGCGAUUUGUACCCAGACCUGAUCUCAACCCUAAGCAAGUGAGCUACAAAAUUCAGGUUCCGGGGUUUUCUGCUUUGUCGCCACUUCAACUUGGAGGAAAGUACAUAUCUGAUAUGACCAAUAUUGAUAUGAUGACCCCCAACGAUUUGUAUGUCGGUGAAUUGAAUCCUCAAGAUCUGGACGACAAUUACAAUUUUGCCUACAAUCAGGGGUUGGGUGACUUCACACGAUUCGAGGAGGUAUUUUCGUUGAAUCUCCCCGACAAAUUUUUUGAGGAAUACAAUCAGUCAAAGGCCAACUUUAAAAUGGGCAUGUUUCGUGAAAUAAACCGCGUAUGGUUGGCAAUGGACAACAGACUUGUAUUGUGGAACUAUCAAUGCCCCCCACUGAGCUUUAAUCAUGGGCUGCAAUUUACUACCAUUGACAAAAUGUCUCACCUGAUUUUACAAGUGGCAUUGGUCCCACCAAAGCCAGGCGUAUUCAAACCCGAAAUCACUCAUGUAUUGGUGGCGGCCACCACCAACGACAUUCACUUGUAUCUUGUGACCAAUGCUGAUAAUAACCUCGAAUUGUAUGAUCCUCACUUACUGGUGCUGGUGCAUGGUCAUUCAGUGAAUCAAUUGGCUGUACACCCGAUCACACACGACAUCUACUUUUGUGAAGAAAAUUCUGUGAGCAUAUGGCGUAUUGAUUAUUGGAAUAAAGCACGGUUUGGCAAGAAUCGAUGUGAAAAGGUUUGCCUCACUGAUAGCCUUCUUCUGGGUGCGGGAGCUCGAUUUUCUAACAUGUGGGGGAGCAACUCAUUGGAAGUACCUAAUCACGGCAUGGGUGGUGCUGAAAGCAUCAUCCUGCUCAAAUUUUCACCGUCUUAUCAAGUUGUUUACACAUUGCUGAAUAGAUCAACGUUACGGGUUUACAAGAUCAACCAGAAAAACGACUUACACGAAACCGAAAAAUUGAAUCUGGCGCAAAUUUUGAAAAUGGUCACAAAUUUGUAUGGUCCAACUCUGGUUGUUCAAACUUUUGAAGAAUUUGGUAUUGUUGGAAUUGACGUCGUGGAAAAGAUCGAACUGAAAGCAGUACAGUUAAUCGCAACCACAACCAUGGGUUGUCGUAUUUUUUUCAAGCUUUCCCAGGGAUAUUCGGUUGUGACAAGUUCGAGAUUGCUGGUCUUGCUGGUCAAAUUCCCACCAUCACGUGAAGAGACGGUGGAGAACAACAAUGAAAUGGGAUUUCUUACUCAUACUGCCCAGAUGCAGAAAAAAUCAAACCAAUAUCGUCUGAAGGUAUUAGCAAAUACGAAGCUUGCGAAAGUCAUAAGCCCAGGAAUAUUCAUUGCAGUGAAACGUACGAAGCGCUCUGACAAACUCUUCAUAUCAACGCCGAAUUUUGGGUACUAUAAAAAGCACAAUGAGAUGCUUGAGGAUGCUGAGUUUUAUUCCAUUGGUGGUGGCGAGGAUCCUACAUACGUUAGAGAGGUUGUUCAAUUAAACUCCUCGAUGAUUAACCCACAAGUUGCUCAACCCCCUGUUGGUUUUGCCAACGUAAUGGCCACGCAGUACACGAAGCCCCCAUUACGGUUUGCUGUUCUCACAAACAAGGGGGUAAAGAUUUUUGAGUACCGUCACUCGAACAAGGUAUUGCUGCUGCUCAAGAAUGACUCAAUUGAAGCUUUCAUUGGCGAGAAUGGCUUCGAGGAAACUUGUAAUACAUUAUUGUAUUUGGCCUGUCUGUUGACAAAUGAGGUUGCUAAAAGAAAAGCUCUGUUACUAUUUGCUCUGUGUGGCGAACCUGCCAGAUUAUUGGAGCCUAUAAUGCCGCUCAAUGGUCCCCAAUUACUGCAAUUGACAGCAUUAACUGGUUAUUCUUCUCCUCAAGGGGUAUCUCUGCUGUCGCAUCCAACGGCGGAUCAAGUCGUACUUCUGGACAGAUUUUACGGCACUUGUCUCCUUAUUCUGAGAGUUUUCCGAGACUUCUGGUUUCAACCUGUUUUUUCGUCUUUACCUUACAUCAAAAAGACUAGUCUGGGUGCAGUGGAGAAAAAUCUGAUCAAACUGGACAACUUGUUGAUCGAAAAGCUUAAUAUCUCCAAACUGCAAUUGGAAUUUUUCAUUGGUACUACAGUCACGCUCUUGGAAUUUUUCAAUAGUACUGGAGUUACCACAAUUCUGGGUUUACUGGUUCCAAGCAACUUGACUCAUGGCGAUCCCUUUCAACUUGAUCUGGAGAUUUGCCUUCGCCUGGAGCACAUAGCCUUUGCUCUGAUAAUUAAGCUGUUAGAACUGAUUAAGGAAGGACUCACAUUCCUAAUGGUGUUGUACGAGCAGCAAGAACAAAGUGACAGCAAGCUGCUUGUUGAGGUCUUCAAGGGAAUGUCGAUCUCGGCCCAAGUCAACUUAUUAACUUUAUCGUUCGAUGAUAUCUUAUUGCCCACCAGAGAAGUGAAGCAAUUGGUAAAGGAUCUUUUCAGCAAUAUUGUGAAUCAAAAAAUUGCUAUGGGAGGAGGUCUGAUUGACGUUGUAACAAGUCUGUUGAAAGGCAAAUGCGAACUGUUUUGCCUGGCAGACGACGUAUUCAUCUUUAAGGCUAUUGAAAAUUUGACUAAGGCUAAAAAGAUUGGUGCACGUGAUCAGGACCUUCGAGACAAGUGCUUACUGAAUGCUACACACUUCUUCGAAAAGGCAUUUGCGCUGUUGUCGUAUGACAAUGUUGAGCUGACCGUGGACAUAAUGGUCGAUCUUGAGUACUACCAGGGGGCCGUCGAGCUCGUUUUGAAGCUUAUUCAAAAAGUUGGUCUGGUUCCCAACUCGAGCAAAGAUGAGGAUGACCAAUUCAAAAAGCGAUUAUAUCAAUUGGUGUUCGGCGUUCUCACAAAGAUUGAUCUGAAAGCUCUCAAGCUAAGCGAUUUGGAUAGUGAUACAUUGAUUUUCAUCAACCAAGUGCGAAACCCAACAUAUGACUUAUGUUUCAACUGCAAAGACAAAGAUUUCCAGUUUUCUCUUUAUCAAUGGUUCAUUGAUCAAGGUGUACCUGAGCGCUUAUUGCAGGUGACAACAGGGCCGAUUCUUGAGUUCAUUACUGAAAAAUCACACUCGCUGUUGAAAAUGCUGGACCUCUUGUGGAUGUAUUACGCGAAACACGAAAAUUUCUUUGAUGCCGCUUGGAUUCUCUAUCUUUUGGCAAUUCUGGACUUUGAUAUUGAACUCUCCCAACGUGUCGAAUUUUUAGCACGAGCUAAUGGUUUUUGUAAUUGCGUCUGCCCUCCUAAUUUACGCCAAAAGAUGAUUGAAUUGUCACAGGUUGUCACAGAGCUAUUCGAUAUUGCCACAAUCCAGAUGGACCUCGUUAAGUUCGUUGAGAGCGAUCAACGUAUAAGCAAACCCAAUAGGGAUGCUACGGCCCGCACUUUGUACCACUCGAAAAUUUUUCUGAUCCUGGAUCUUUUCAACCAGUAUGCGGAUGCUCUUGGCUACUAUGAACUUUGCCUUGUGAUAUUUUAUGUUUCCGACUACAAGAAUACUGAUGAUAUCUUGAAGAGAUGGGAACUAUUAUUGGAGAAGUUGUAUACCGAUUUUAGACAAACCCCAGACAAGACUCCAUUUUUUGUCAUUCUUGAUGGGUUGUUCUCGGAGUGGGGCCCAAAAAUCAGUGACAAUGACGUUGUGUUCCCCAUUGAUACUUUAAUGAAACUUGUGGCCAAGUAUGUCAAAGAUGCUAUUGACGAAUUUGGUCCAGGACAAAAGCCUCCUAAUGGUUAUUUGACAAAUUUGUUCAUUUUGCUGGGGGUAAGUUACGACAAGGUUCAGCAUGUCAUGCGUCUGGUGAUUUCAUUUGACAAGAAUUUCGAAGUGUAUCCUGGAUUCACUAAGGAGUUGGAAACGCGAGAAGUUGGGUGUAUGAUCAAGCAAUCUUAA